AUGGCUUUUGGUAAUGAUGUGAACGACAUUGAAUUAGUGCACAGUGUUGGUAAAGGAAUAGUUACCGCUGACAGUGAUAACUAUUUAAAAACUCAUGCUUAUGGCAUAACUGAUUUUGGAAUUUUUAAUAGUGAUGGGUUUUUGAUUAUUAUUGUCGCCAUAAUUCAAGGACUUUUAUUUAGUUUAGAUGGUUUUGUUACUUCUUUAUUGAAAUCGCCAUUUCAACAAAUGUGUUAUGCGAUCAAUCUGACCGAAGGAAUCAGCAACCUAGACAAAGAUUAUAUAAUCGCUAGAGCCACGGAAUCCAAUGAACAUUGCAAAGAAACUUUGAAAAAAUUUGGUAUACUGACUAUUACUGGUGAAUUAUUAAGAGUUUUUAUCAAACAAAAAAGUUUAAAUAAGGCAGCUCAAGAAGAAAAUGGACCACAUGCUAAUUGA